AUGGCCAUCUCACUUCGUUCUGUUCUUCUGGCUGGUGCUGUGAUUGGCGCAGCCUCUGCUAAGACUCAGAAGGCCCCAGGAUCUGCUGCUGCUCCCAAGGGUCACAAGAGUCUUACCGUGGGCAUUCUUGGCGAUUUCGGUUGGAGUGGAUGGAACCCCGCAAACGAGUACUUCUGUAAUGAAGUGACUCCUGUCUUGACCGCCAACAACAUUACAAUUCCCCGAGAAUUGCAGAAUGAUUGUGACACUGGUGACCGAGCAGCUGCCCAGAAUGCUUCAGCGGCUCAAGUGUCUACUGCCAACUACAUCGAGAAGGUUUGCGCUAUGAAGGACUGUUCUGCGUUCAUCUCUGUUGGAGACAACUUCUACGACAGCGGUGUUGGCUUUACCACCACCGGCGUCAACCGCUUCCAAGAGACUUGGGUCGAUAUGUACUCUCAAGGCGUCUAUGAGAAUGCCACCUGGUACCAGUGCCUUGGUAACCACGAUAUCGUCUACGGCCAAGCAGGUGUUGAUUUCGAAACUAAAUUGGCACCUCUGUAUGAUGACCGUUGGUACUUCGGUACUGAGGGACUUCCUUACUACACCUAUGACAUUGUCGGCCGUGACUGGACAGCGACCUUCGUCGUCGUUGACUCCGACUGCUUCAUUGAGAAGUACCAGAAGAAAAGCUCUGUUUAUCAGAAUGAAUACACCACUUCAUGCUACAAGACCAAGCAGACCCAGGUGGACUUCGUGACUCAGGCCUUUGCCAAGUCCAAGGCCGACUGGAAAUUCCUGCAGAUUCAUCACGGUUUCCUCUCAUCCAGCACUAACUACACCGAGCUCUGGCCCCUGGUCUCCGUCGCCGAGCAACAUAACGGUGUCGUUCUCAACGGUCACGAUCACUGCGCUGCUCACUACGUCGGAAACAACACCAACUUCGUUCUUUCUGGUGCCGCUGGUUACCCCGAGGUUGGCGACUGCAACAAUGGUGUUGCCUUGGGUUCCUUCGUUAAAUUCCUUGGAGCCAACUCUGCUGGUGCUGGCAACGGUUUCGUUACAAUGGAAAUUAGCUCCAAGGAGUUGGUGUUCGAGUACUACAUGCGCGACAUGCAGUAUGAGGGUGGAGACUUGUACCCUGUUCAAAAUGAUAUGAAGCCUGCGUAUUCAUUCACUGUGAAGGACAAGGCUAAAUAG